AUGGAAAACUUUUCUUCUCAAUCACUCUCAAUGAACAAAGAUGUGUUAUCUGCAGUUCCUUUCAUGGCUUCUGCCCAAUCUAGCACCACUGGAAAUACGAUGGCGUACAUGGAACGCAUUGUUAAUGAAAUCAGCAAUUCUGAUCUUCGAGAAAACGCUAUUCGUGUGCUCUCCAAGAGGACUGACUUAUUCAAGGAACUUGCACCUUUAUUGUGGAAUUCUUUUGGUACCAUUGCAAUACUUUUGCAGGAAAUACUUUCAAUAUAUCCUACUCUUUCACCACCGACUCUUAGUUUUGCGCAAUCAACUCGAGUGUGCAAUACUCUUGCACUACUUCAGUGUGUGGCAUCUCAUUCUGAUACAAAGAAGUUGUUCAUCGAAGCUAACAUGCCUCUGUAUUUGUAUCCCUUUCUUAAAACAAAAAUCAAGUCACCUGAAUUUGAGAACUUGAGGCUUGCUAGUCUUGGAGUCAUUGGUGCUUUGGUGAAGGUUAACACCAAAGAAGUUAUAGGGUUUCUUCUUUCAAGUGAGAUAAUUCCAUUGUGCUUGAGCAACAUGGAAAUCGGCAAAGAAAUAACAAAAACUAUUGCAACAUUUAUAAUUCAAAAAAUUCUACUAGAUGACGAUGGUUUGGCUUAUGUUUGUGCUACAGUAGAACGCUUUUUUGCAGUGAGUCGAGUUUUGGACAUGAUGUUGGAAAAUCUUCAAAGACAACCUUCACUUCGUUUUUUAAAGCUUGUGGUUACAUGCUAUUCUCGUUUGUCUGAGAAUCACAGGGCUGGUAUUGCACUAACAAAAUGUCUCCCAAACAUGCUCACAGAUAGCACUUUCAUGAAUUGCCUUCGUGAAGAUCCAACAUGUUGGAGGUAUGUGAAGCAGUUGUAUGAAAAUGUUGGGAUGAAUGAGGUUCCUUUAGUACCAGGUGGAGAAAUAAUCAAUGAUAGGGUUGGAUCAUCAUUGUUUGGAAACUGA